UGGCGGAAAAGCUAAGAAGAACGCUGCUUCCUUCGGCCAGGUUGACCAGAAAACCUUCUUGGGCGGGGUCACAGCAGCGGGUGCAAAUAUCUCGGCCACUACUUUCGGCGCCGUGGACGUCGUACAUGACAAAAAACCAAUUUUUCCUGAUGACGAAUGGCCACCGCUGAAGAGGUAUGCACAGGUUGUGGGCCGUCCGAACAGUCCGGGUGCUCUCACGGCUGCGCAAAUGCUGGGUCUAGAAGAAACUUAUGACCGAGGCACGAAAGCGACCGCUGCUUCUGCUGCCUCGCCUCCUGAAAGUCCGACGGGUGGCGCAUCUCCUCGUGAAGCUUCUUCGACAUCACCACGUAAGGAAGAGAGCGGCAACGGAGGAGCCUCCCCAAGAGAUGGGACCAAAGUGGCAGGAGCAGUGGGUAGCUCCCCGAAACAGACGCGGCGCCCAACUACGAUGGAGCAAAACCCGGUCCCAGGAGCGGGCACAACAACGGCUGGAGGCUCUUCGCCCAGCAACUCACCGAGGCCACGGGCCGCACGUCCAAGUGCAGCAAGUAACGGAAGUAAUGGUAAUACGGGAACAAAUGGUAACCACGACGCGACCGCGACUACAUCAGCUAAAACCGGCGCAGAAUCAGCUGCGAUAGAUAAGAAUCAACACGAAGAGAAAAUAGCACAGCAGCAUGAUCAUAUAGACUUCCCGGAAGACAGCAAAAUGCUAUCUUCUGUGCCGGAGCAGAGCGAGGUUUUAGAUGAGGCAGAUUCGGUAUGGAGCGACGACAUGGGUCCUUACUCUCACGAAUACUACCACAGCGAGGAUUUUCUAAAUCGUCCAACGAAGUGGCUCCGGUACAAGCGCGAAACCUACCUAGAUCAGGUGCAUCGAGGGAUAGAGAUCAUGGAGCAAUUCUUCAUCUAUCGAACAGUGCCAGCAGACCGAAUCUACAAAUACGACUUUUCGCAAGUGAGCGACGAACAUCCACAGGACAUACUCGAUGCCUUUCUGCAGAUGCCGGGAAGGAAACUCAUUUACUAUGUAGGGCACACAAGUUUAGACGGAGGCUGGUUCUUCACUUGGAGAAACUCUGUCGGCAUGCCGGAUAACUGGAUCCUACGACCUGCUGACUUCGAGUACUUACUUAGCAUCCUCGUCCUCCUCAUGGGACGUCUACGUUGUAGUUGCGUUUCUCGUGACUGUAACGUCGCUGCAAUCAGAGAUGGUACCCCUAUAAUCUCAAGACUAUCAUUGCCGCAGCCAUCGCGCAAAAAAAAGCGAGUGCCGGUACCGGUCCUAGUUCUAGUAUAAAAGCAAAACGAUAUACUUGUUUGGUCGUUAAUGUUGUAACCACUCUUCAGAUUUGGCCCUCCGGAUCGAGGUGGGACGCCGUUUUUGAUCGUAGACGGUUCAUACACGAAAUGUUGGAUGGAGCCGAGUUGUAAGUUCAUUACCCUCGCCUGCAUUGACGGCCCAGCGGACGGCGGGGGCCGUCGCGGCCCCUUGCUUACACGAUCGCUUACAGGCAUUGACGUCCAAGAGCAGUUGCGGCCGACAGCGGAACUUCCUCCACAGGAGAAAAAAACUGACAUUUUCGCACUUGACUUCUCGACAGAGACGGACGGCUCUUUGGAAAUGACUCCAGAUCCAGGUCACGGUCGCUAUGCAAUGGCCUUUUGGCAAAAAUACAAUACAAAAUACGGCGGCGCUUUCAAGGAGUCAGACACGUACUUUGACUUCUAUCCCUCCCCUGCAUUUGUCAGAAGAUUCUGAUUGAAUUUCUCUUGCCUAAAACUAUCUUCAUUCCUCAUCUUUUCCCAAGCAUGAUUGAAUUCAUGGGAAGGUCGUUCUUGUGGUUGAGUCUUGCAUUUGCACUAACAUUACACUUAGUCUGAUAGGCAGUCUAAAAGUGUCAAGGUCGUUCUCCUCCUGCGUUCAGGUAUUUGCCUGCUCCGGCUGGCAGUAAGAUUCGUAUGGACGACAACUACGAGGACAGCGUUGUGGUUAGGUUGCCUCUGUAUAUUGUUUUGUACAACAAGCCGACCAUGGACGCGGUAUGGUCAUUGCGUGCGGUCCUUGAGGUCGCGACGUUCACCGAAUUACAGAAGGUGCGUGUGUUCGGAAUUCUUCCUUUGAUUCUCCUGAUAAUAGCAGGUCAGGGUGAGCAGGUGUCGCGGACGGAUGUGAACGCCUUUGGCGGAAUAGGCACGGUCAAGGCAGGCGUUGGGGUGACACUUUCCAGUUCCGCGAACGCGGAGGCACAAGACACGGCGCAAUGCAUGAUCGAUGCAUUAGAGGGCGCGGGCAUGACGGAAGACGCGAUGAUGGCGCUCGAGAAGUCGAAGGCUGUCGUGGCUAGCGGUCAAGCUUCGAAACUCGGAAAAAAGCGCAUGCAGCUGGAAAAAGAAGAAUCAGAGCGUCAAUCUUUCGCAGCAGGUGACAAAACAUGGAUGUUCAAAACAGAGCAGGAUAACAAUUACAAAAAACAAAAAGAAACAGAAAAGCUCGCAAAAAUUGCUGAAGAAGAGGAAGAAGAAGAGCGCAGACAGCAGGAGUACUAUCUGAUCGAGAUGUAGGACUAACAAUCACGUGUACUAUGGGUCGACUCACCCGUAAUUACCAACACAUCUUCAUACAGUUUCACAAUGUUGUCAAUACCUAGACCUAGAGAACUUUCAUUCGACCAGAAACUCUAGAAGUACUGGCUGAAGAACUUUUAAUUCGCCUCCUGCAAAUACAGGGCCAUCGCUGGUGCGAUCGAGGAUCAAGCGAAAGCAAUGUCGCGAGGUGGCAUCACGCCAAUGCGCAAAAAUAUGGCUUCCAAGUAGCAAGACACCUCCCUACUCUCCUCACUCCUCCUUUUAUCGCUAGUGUCGUCUUGCUAGUUGUCAAGACGAGAAGUGGGGAAAGAUGUAGCUAGAUUAACCAAGUCGGUUAAGCAAGUAGAAAUUGUCACAGAAACCGUUGUCAUGAUCUUGAACAGAGUUGAAGAUAGAGAUACAGAAGAUGUUGUGAUUGUUAUGAUGAUUCUCUCUAGUCCAAUCUCGUCCGUUCAUAUGAAAGACCGGUGGCAAGGGUGUGCGUGGGGCGGCGUUGAGCGAAUCAGCCGAAAACGCCAUGAUGCGGAAGGAGGCUGUGCUAGUGUUGGGCCUGAUCGCAAAGGUUUAAGGCUCAAAGUAAGUUAGUAAUUCAUCUUUAUUCACAGAGUUUUAUUGGUCUCAGUUGUCGCUAUUACAAUCUUUGCGUCGUGAGAUCCAUCGUGUAGACCAUCUAUGACGCCCUUAAGGCAGUCUGCGCUGAACUUUGUGCGAGAUUAGUCGCAUUGUGUUGUAUUGUUAUUUUCUUCUUGGAUUCUGAGUAAACGACGAGAGAACCCCCUGCUGGGUAUAUCAAGAUGAACAUGAAGGUACUCAGUAAAAGAUGAAUUGAGAUAAAUAUAAAUAUAUUUCGAGCGCUAAAAGAUGUUGCGGUUAGAUGAGAUCGAGAGAAUGGCUUUGCCGGUGCUGACGGCGUACACUAGCGAAAGCAAUAAUUUCAGUGGGUGGAUCACCCUGGCCAAACUUGGGGAAGCCUACGUUACACAAACCAAAGGACAGCAAGCGAUGAGAAUACGCACAAAGAUUUCGGCAAAAACAUGGCAAGACAAGCUGGACGAGUACUACGAGGCGAAGACGGAAGCACUGGCCAAAUGUGGACCCGCGCUGGUGGCUGUUCCUGCGCAACAGCUGAUCCGGGACUGUGACAAAAGCUUGCGCGCGUUAGUGCGAUUAAGUGCACCUUUGCCGAGGUGGUGCCGCAUGGAGUCGCUAGAGGAGGCGCAACAAGGAUGCCGCCUGCUUGCCGAAGGCAGUCUCGUCAAUCCCAAACUGUGUUUCAGAACCUGCAUCUAUGGCUUGCCUGCUUCUAUCUUGUUGUUGUAAGUAAGUAUGUAUUUUUCCAGAGGUAAACAUACGAAGACGGAGGAUUGAGAAUCUUUGAAGACCAUUUCUCAUUUCAGAGAUAUACAGAGUACAAAAAAAUAUAACCAAAAAAAAAUACUCACCCUCAGCUAGCUCAAAACUUUUCGCGUUGUUAAGUUGCGCACUUUCUAUGGCUAGCUAGUUGCGUAGUGUAGUCCAUGGAGGAUCUCUGCGGCCGGAGGCAAGGGGGUCAGGACUCAGAGACGCAAGCGCAGGUCGUUGGCCAUCCAUACAGGACAAACGCGCGAGAAUGUGACACGGCUGCGGGUAGAUGUGAAAAGGAAUGCGUGGCGCAUUGGUCUCAUGGGCCCACGCUCUGAACUUUGGGACUUCGAGGUCGCGAAAUGUGUCACAAAAAAGGGGUCCACGGUGUCGCUUACUGUGUCACCAAACUGGGGCUUACGAUGUCGCCAACUUUGCCCACCGAGGUAGUUUUUUCCUCCCCGGUAUGAUUUGGAGAGGCGACCUCAGUGACUUAGCCGCAUGCUAUGACGUAGGCAAAGCGAAGGCGCGAAUUUCAAGCCAGCAAAGUGGUGGGAUCCUAGUAGGCCCACAGUCACAACAAGAGGCCGAAAGUGGCGACUUCCCACGUCGCGAACUUGAAGAAACUGCGCAGCAAACUCGACCCCUUUCUGGACCCCCUACGCGCGCCCCUCUUGACAGCGAACCCUUUGGCCUCUAUCGUUCGGAUGGGGGACCCACUCGGCCAGCAGAUCGCUACUCGCUACUUCCCCGACACUUCAACACCCGCUGUUCCCUUGUGGGCUUCGCUUGUGUAUCUGGCCAGCUUCGCCCGUCUGCGUCUCCGAGGCACAGUCUUGCCGCUGCCGGGCUGCAGAGAUUCUCUGUCUGUUAUCUAAUUUGCCAGCUAGUAGGCCCAAGCGUUUUAAGGUGAUGGAAAGUUUUGAAGUAGCUGCGGGUGAGUAGUUUUUUUUGGUUAUAAAAAACUCGAAUUUCUUCGACUUUUCUUCUUGCAAAAACUUUCCUGAUCUCUUCCUACUUAUCUAAUAAAUGCGCUUCCCGUUCGAUCCAGAGGUGCUGCGGUGGGGCCUGCGGGCGCUUGCCCGCGGUGGGUUUGAGUUGCUAGACAAAGAACAUGCGUAUAUUCCAGUUUUGAACGGGUUCACGCUCAAGGGAAAUGGAUUGGAUGAGACUUUUGCGUCAGCGUCACUCUGCUUUGAGAAAUUUCUGGCCAAUGACUUGUGGAAUUUCAAUAUAUGGGACACAAUUGCGAUGUUUCUCACUCUCAUAUGCGAACGAGGUUGCGCAACGCAGGUGUGCAAGGGACUGCUGGCAGUAAAGAGUUUCUUAUUUUACACAUAGUACUUAACACACGACAGAUGUUCUAUCUUCAACAUUCUCGUCAUCCACGUUUGCCGUUCUUGGGUCUGCAUUUUUGUCCAGCAUAUCAACUUGGAGAUGAAGUUAUUUACUUCUAUGAAUAACCAGCCUUCUUCAGGCGUGCAUUUCUUUGCAUCGGCGUUUCCUGCGGGACGGCGAAGCCCCGGUUCAUUUUACUUGGCGACCGCUUACUUGCGCGGUCCUCGCGGGCGGGAGUAAAGCGAUGAUAAAAGAUCAGAAGGCACUUGAUACGAUCAUCACCGCGAUGGCAACUAUCGUCGAAUACGAGCGCAAGAGAGGUCACCACACCAAUGGAAACUCGUUGGCGAUUGACUUGGUAAAUCACUGGGAUCAGUUCCUGGCGCGUGCGGAAGUGCAAGAACUCAUUCCGGCAUAUCGGUAUUUGGUGCGCAUGCUCAAACAAACGUUCAAUCAGCCGGAGGAGCUUAGGGAGAUAGCACGAAAGAAGAAAGAGGCGCAGCAACUCUUCCUCGACGAUGAAAGCAACAAAAAAGGCAAAAAAGGUAACAAGCAGAAGAAGAAAAAGAAUCAGGCAGGGUCUCCGGAUGGCGCUGACGACGAUUAG